AUGGGCUCAGGGAGCAGGUUGAAGUUUGCAGUUUGCGAGGUGCUGCAGUUCGCCGCCUUCUGCGUCCCGCUCUUCAUCGUGAUGCAACGCUUCGCCCUCAUCUUGGCACGAGUGAAGAGCCAGGCGCAGCCCUCCGGUGGAGAUUCCACCACUGCCUACUGGUUGAUUGUGGCCUCAUCUGUGGCCUAUGUGACAACCAUGGCAAUGCUGGUGUGGCUGCCCAUGAAGUACAUGGUGUUCAUGAAGAAGAAAGCCCUGGUUGGGAGGAAGAAGUGGAGACCUGUUGCUCUGGCCUAUGUGCUGCUCUCCACACUGCCAUCAUUUGCAUUCCUAAUAGCAAGCUCUGAGGUGCAAAUUAGAAAUGAUGUGCGAUUGGAUACGUUCAAUGAGUUACCAGUGUCUCUGGUGCUCUUCUCUCUCAUCUGCAUAGAUAUUGUGGAAAGGAUUCGCCACUGCAGGCUCACAGGCCAGGCAAAUGAACUGGCUCGGGACGCAGACAUCCCAACCCUUACCCACGUAGAGACAGUGACCCCAAUAGUCACCACAGCCACUGGGCCAUCUCCUGCAGCAACCAAUGCCAGCACGGGCACACAGAAUGGAGCAGGGGCCGCUAAUGGGGCCAUUCCACGGUUGCCUGGAACUGCCACAGUUGCGGGUUUACCAGCCAAUGGGGUCGUUCCAGGGUUGUCGAGCGGUGGGGCAAUUCAAGGGUUGCCAGGCAACACGACAGUCCCAGGGAUGCCCAACAAUGUAGCAGUACCGUUACUGCCAGGUAACGGCCAGGGGCAGCCAUACGCUAUCGCAGGGAUUUGUCCGCGCACUGGCCUACCCAUAAGAAAUUUUUCAUAUGCCCCUCCAUACACCGGACCACUCCGCUUUCUACUGGCAAGCGAUGCACGCGCUGACGUGUUUGCCGACAGCUUCCUGUUCUGGUUGGACACGGCAGAAAUGGUACGAGUGGCAAAUCACACCCCAGUCUAUUUCUCAGGCUGGGCUUUACCAGUCUACCUCUUCAGCUUUGUUUCGAUGCUGCGAUUGGUUCUCAUGCCUCACAGUCCCCUCCUCUCCCCUCUGGGUGUAGCUUUGCAGGACCUCCCCUUUCUUUUUCUAAGGGUGGCACUCAUAGCCAUUUUUGGGUUUGUCACGCCGGUCCUCUUUGUAAUGAAGAACUUACUGGUCUGCUUGGCCUACAUUUACUUUAACUUCAUGACCAAGCUGAAAAUCUUCAACACUGAGAGAAUGUUCUGACAGAACCCAUGAAUAAGUUUACAGUGAGAUGAACUGUUGAGGAACACAGGAUUAUGAAUAAUAUAGCCAGUCUGAGCUGCUAUGCGGACAUUAAUGACGCAACCGAUGAGGAAUGGAGCAGGUUUCCAAAUCAUUACGUUUGAAGAUGAGUUUCAAUAAGGAGACGCAUUUUCUUGAAAAACAAGUCAACCAGGAAAUAUUCCCUGAAUAUAUUUUCCACAAAAGAUAGAGAUGGUUUGAUUAGGGAAAUUGUGCAAAAGUUAGCUAAUGCCAAAAGAGCUACUUCAGUGAGUGAUGAGAUUUGGAACCUGGGCUGCUGCACUUUGACCAAAGUUUGAUGUUUAAAGGAAUGUUAAAGUGAUUCCUUGUUGUUUAUAAGUUAUCUGACUUCUUAACUAGCUUUAAUGUUUUUUACAUGCUCACGCACAUGUAUACACACUUUAAUCUUAAAUCACACGUGUCCCCUUAUCUUUAAACUGUGCAUAAUUACUUAUGUCUUACUUGAUUUAAUACACAACAGUGUGAUUUAUUUUUUUACUUUUUUCCCCCUGAUGCUGGUUUCAUUUGGUUCAACCUACAAACACAAAAGGGGUCAUUUUCUCUGUGAAUUUUCUUUUCUGUGAAAGAGGAAAUAAAAAUGGGAAA